ACACCCUCUUCUCUCUCUCCUCUCGGUCUCCAUCGUCUCCAUCUCCUUCUCCACAUCCCCAAUCCGCCGCCGCCGACUCUGCCGCUGCGAGCGCACCGUCUCCGGCGAUCUCUCCUCCACCGCCGCCUCCACCUCCUUCUCCUCCCUUGAUCCACGGAAUCGGGCGCUCGUCCCCGAUCUCGAUCGCAUCGACCCGUUACAUAUCCUGAUCUACUGAUCUCGUUUACUCUUAGGCUUCGAUCUCUCCAUUGAGCGCCUUUAUCUCCUUUCGGAUCUGUCGAUGGAAGUGCCACGAUUUGAACGCCCUGUGCUUCGAUCCAUGGAUUAGUUCUCAGCGCUCGGAUCUCUUUCCCACCGAAAAUUCGACUGGAAAGUAUCACGGUCAGCUAAAUUGACUGGCGUAAACAUGCAGCCUAUGGGGAAUGACAAACCAAUUCCUGGAAGGCCCACCUCACCCUUCUCAGCUGCUCCGCCAGUUUCCUCUCCUUUUUUAUCUUCGGGUCCUGUGGUUGGCUCAGAGAAAACUGCUGCUACUCCGCUUUUAACCCCAUUUUCAUCUGGCACCCAAGCUACUGGCUAUAGAAUGCCAGCACCACCACCAACUAGAUUUAAUGGUCCAUUUACUCCGACACAACCUCCAUCAUUCCACCCUACUCAAGAUGCAGCUACUUAUCAACAAACCCAAGCUCCUAGAUUUCCUCCCCCAAGUCAGCCUGCAACACCCUUGCGGGGCCCACCUGUUGCAAAUUCUGUAGGGUCUUUUCAGCCUCAGCCGCAAGUACCCACCUUUCGAAUGAGCCCUCCACACCCUCCUGCUGUGCAAUCACCACCUGGUAGUAAUAUCCCUCCCCCACAUUUUCUUGGUCCUAGACCAGGUCCGCAGUCACCGUUCCAGACUUUAUCAGCUUCCCAGGCUUCUCCUCAUUUUCGUGCUUCUCCAUAUAUUGCUCAACAAGGUGUUAUACCGCCGCCCCCUAUUGGACCCCCUCUAGGUGUUGGUUCGAGAGAACAGAUGCCAUUUCCUCACAUAGGGCAACAACAUGUAGGAGGUGGUCCGAUGCAAGGUCUGGUUGAAGAGUUCCAGUCAUUGUCUGUGGGGUCUAUUCCUGGUUCGCUUGAUUCUGGUAUUGAUGCCAAAUCACUACCUAGGCCACUGGAUGGUGAUGAAGAGCCUAGGAUUCUCGAAUCGUACCCAUUGAACUGCCACCUUAGAUUUUUGAGGCUGACAACUCAUACAGUACCGAGUUCUCAAUCUUUGCUUGCCAGGUGGCAUUUGCCUCUUGGAGCAGUGGUCACUCCUCUAGCUGAAGUACCUGAGGGGGAGGAAGUGCCAAUUGUCAAUUUUGGAACAGCUGGCGUUGUCCGAUGUCGAAGAUGCAGGACUUAUAUAAAUCCAUAUGUGACAUUUACGGAUGCUGGCAGGAAGUGGCGGUGCAACCUCUGUUCAUUGCUGAAUGACGUUCCUGCAGAGUAUUAUUGCGCGCUGGAUGCCACGGGAAGAAGAUUAGAUAUAGAUCAAAGGCCGGAGCUUUCUAAAGGAAGUGUAGAAUUUGUUGCUCCAACUGAAUAUAUGGUGCGACCCCCAAUGCCGCCCUCAUAUUUCUUCCUUAUUGAUGUCUCAGUAGCAGCUGUCCAAUCCGGCCUGCUUGAGGUUGUGGCAACAACCAUAAAAUCAUGUCUCGAUGGACUUCCAGGCUCUCCAAGAACACAGAUUGGCUUCUUAACCUUCGACAGUACAUUACAUUUCCAUAACUUGAAGUCUUCUUUGUCGCAGCCUCAAAUGAUGGUGGUAGCGGAUCUGGAUGAUGUGUUCUUACCAUUGCCUGAUGAUCUUCUUGUUAAUCUGUCUGAUUCAAGACAUGUCGUGGAUGCUUUUCUGGAUAGCUUGCCCAGCAUGUUCCAGAACAGUGCAAAUGUUGAAUCUGCUUCUGGCCCAGCUCUUAAAGCAGCAUUUAUGGUUAUGAGUCAACUUGGAGGGAAGUUGCUGGUUUUUCAGAGUACGUUGCCAUCUCUCGGUAUUGGUCGCCUCAGACUACGAGGAGAUGAUCCUCGUGUUUAUGGCACAGACAAGGAGCAUACUCUGAGGAUACCAGAAGAUCCAUUUUACAAGCAGAUGGCUGCCGAAUUCACAAAGCAUCAGAUCGCUGUAGAUAUAUUUGCUUUCAGCGAAAAGUAUUCUGAUAUAGCUUCCCUAGGAUCACUAGCAAAAUACACCGGUGGCCAGGUAUACCAUUAUCCAGCGUUCCAGGCGGCUACUCAUCAUGAGAAAUUGAGAUAUGAGCUGGCCAGAGAUCUUAGAAGGGAGACUGCAUGGGAAGCUGUGAUGCGAAUUAGAUGUGGAAAAGGUGUGCGCUUUACAACCUACCAUGGUCAUUUCAUGCUAAGGUCCACAGAUUUGUUAGCCCUUCCAGCUGUGGAUUGUGAUAAAUCCUUUGCAAUGCAACUAUCUUUAGAAGAUACCUUGAUGACUACUCAGACUGUAUACUUCCAAGUUGCUCUAUUAUAUACUUCCUCUUCAGGUGAGAGGCGUAUUAGAGUACAUACAGCAGCUGCACCUGUGGUAACAGAUCUUUCUGAAAUGUAUCGUCAAGCUGAUACCGGAGCCAUUGUCUCAGUGUUGAGCAGGCUUGCUGUUGAAAACACACUGUCUCACAAGCUGGAAGAUGCCCGGCAGCUUAUGCAGUUGAAGCUUGUGAAGAGCUUGAAAGAAUAUAGGACCCUAUACGCUGUGCAACACCGGUUGGGCGGGAGAUUUAUAUUCCCUGACUCUUUGAAGUUCUUGCCACUUUAUAUAUUGUCUCUUUGCAAGUCCGCGGCUCUUCGUGGAGGUUAUGCGGAUGUUCUUCUGGAUGAACGUUGUGCUACUGGUUACAGCAUGAUGAUAUUGCCUAUAACAAGAAUGCUUAAACUUCUCUAUCCUGGUUUAUAUAGGAUUGAUGAGAUCUUGACAAAGGGAACAGAUAAUUUAGAUGAGUCUUUGAAGCCGUUAGCAUUAACCUCACAGUGCUUAGAUGCCAGAGGUCUCUACAUUUAUGAUGACGGGUUCAGCUUUGUCAUUUGGUUAGGCAGGAUGCUAUCUCCUGAUAUAGUGAACAGUAUACUUGGAGUUGACCUUUCAAGCUUCCCCGAUCUCUCCAGGGUUCAAUUGUAUGAACAGGACAACAACAUCUCGAGAAGAAUGAUGAGGAUCCUAAAAGCCCUAAGGGAGAAAAAUCGUUCCUCCUAUCAGUUAUGCCGAAUCAUAAGGCAAGACGAGCAACCGAGAGAAGGUUUCUUGCUUCUUAACAACCUAAUUGAGGAUCAGACUCCCGGAAGCAGCACCUUUGUCGACUGGAUACUUCAAAUAUAUCGGCAGUCACAGAGCUCAUGACGAUAAGGAGCAUAAAAUCGAUCGGAACCCUUAAAAACCUUUUCGUGUUCAAAUUUUCAGCCACUUGUGGCAUGAAAACCCGAGAUGCAUGGAGCACCCUCGGGUUCCAAAAUUCUCGAGUCUAACUAUUAUGCCCGAGUCGUCGGUAGUCCCGUCAUCUCUUCCAAGUUCCAUUUUGCAAUAUCUUGGUUUGAAGGUUCUACUAUUGAUAUUUAUUUUGGUGUGGCUUCUUUUUACUCUCCGUUUUUUCCUCUUGGUUCUAGCAAUCAGUGUAAGAAUCUUUUUGUGUAUCAAAUAAUUAGUUUGCCUUGCAGCAGGUUGUAAAACUGGGUGGAGCGGAAAAACAGGGGACCAAAUUUCUUCGUUUAAUUAAAGAUGAUUUUGCUAGGAGAUCGGGUUUAAACUUUUUUUUCUUUUUUUUUUA